AGUUGGAUCUUAGUCCUUAUGCCGAUCGGAUGAAAAAGUGGAAAGUUAAGUGGAAACUGGUGAUAAGAGAACAGUGAUAAGUCACCAGGUUUGCUAGACUGUUUGUCGAGAUGCGUUGAAAAGUAGGGACGAUUUUUGAAUGAUGUAAAGCAGCUUGGUUGGUGCUAUAAGGUACUAAAGGUACAGUGUUUCAGAACCAACACCGCUAUUUGGUGGUAAGUGUGGAAACCUGAUUGGAAAGUGGUGAUAAAUGAUCAGUGAUAAGUCACCAGGCUUGCUAGACAGUUUGUCGUGGAGUGUUGGAAAGUGGGGACGAUUUUUUAACGAUGAAAAGCUUAAUGUUGGUGUCAUAAGGUACUAAGUAAAGGCACAGGGCUCAGUGUUGGUCAACCUACAUCGCUAGUUGGGCCAUAUUCCUUAUUACGAAAGGGUGGUGAACGUGGAAAAUUGAGAAGAAAGUGGUGAUAAACUGAUCAGGGAUAAGUCACCAGGCUUACUAGACUGUUUGUCGAGAUGUGUUGAAAAGUAGGGAGGAUUUUUUAACGAUGAAACAUUUGUUGUUGGUGCUAUAAUGUACUAAGUAAAGGCACAGUAUAUUACGACCAACACCGCUUGUUGGGCCAUAUAGUUCAAAUACCGAAAGAGUGGUGAACGUGAACGAAAAAUUGAGUGGAAAGUGGUGAUAAGUGAUAAGUCACCAGGCUUGCUAGACAGUUUGUCGUGAUGUGUUGAAGAGUGGGGACGAUUUUUGAACGAUGAAGAGCUUGGUGUUGUUUUGCGUACUGCAUUUGGUGUUUGGAGCUGCAAUUGUGGGUAAAAACAACACCGCGAGGUCUGGGCAUUCCAAGUAUACAAUUGAUGAAUUGCUGUUGCUGUCGAUACCCAAAAAGACUUCGGAUGACAUCGAUUUGGAUCCGUGCAAAGCAGAUAUUUACAUAGGAGAUAUAGCGAUUCCCUUAUCAGAACACCAGAUCUUUCAGGAACACGGAAAUGGCCUCGAUUCCAUGCUCGAUGCAACGUUAGCGGAAAAGACUGGACAGAAGGAGAGCGAAUAUUCUGAAAAUCAUAUUAUUUGGAAAGGAGACAGUCGAAAGAAAAUCAUUCUCGAAGAUGGUCAGCCGAAAAAACUCGAAGACAAGCCAGAUUAUCGCGAUGGGGCAGUAUCCGAAACAAACAAGAAAUCUCCUGCCCACGCUAGAUCAACCAGAGCCGUCACUGCUAGAAAAGAGCGGGUCUGGGAAUAUGGAGUGAUACCCUACGAGAUAGACGGAAACUUCAGUGGCAUGCACAAAGUGCUCUUCAAGCAAGCGAUGAAGCACUGGGAGGACCAUACUUGCAUCAAGUUCGUAGAGAGAGAUGCCGAUGACCACCCUAAUUAUAUUAUUUUCACUGAACGACCUUGUGGAUGUUGCUCGUUCGUUGGAAGAAGAGGUAAUGGUGGUCAAGCCAUAAGUAUAGGAAAAAACUGUGAUAAAUUUGGUAUAAUUGUUCAUGAACUUGGACACGUGGUGGGCCUGUGGCAUGAGCAUACACGACCUGAUAGAGAUAAGCAUGUCAACAUCAUAUGGAGAAACAUCAUGGGUGGUCAAGAAGAUAACUUCAACAAACUGAAUGAAGACGAAGUGAACUCAUUAGGUUUGAGAUAUGACUACGACUCCAUAAUGCAUUAUGCUAGGAACACAUUUUCCAAAGGAAUUUAUCUGGAUACCAUUCGGCCAAUCGAGAUGCCUGAUGGCAAGAGACCAGAAAUUGGGCAAAGAGUCAAGCUCAGCGAGGGCGAUAUUGCACAAACUAACUUACUGUAUAAAUGUCGAAAAUGUGGGCGUACUUUCCAAUCAGUAUCAGCCAAUUUCACGUCGCCAGUAUACUUGACCAACCCAUUAGAUGGACCUGUUCAUUGUGAGUGGCGCAUAACGGCUGCACAUGGAGAAAAAAUCGUUCUCAACAUAAGCAACAUCGACAUCAAGAAGUCCGUGGGUUGCAAAACUGACUACGUCGAAGUCAGAGAUGGUUAUUGGCAUCGGUCGCCUGUCUUGGGGAUAUUUUGUGGCAGCGGGUUGUUCCAUCACUUGAUUUCUUCCAGCAGUAGGAUGCUCAUCACGUACGUUUCAGCCAACCCAGAGGGACGUCUAGGAUUUGAUGCUAGUUAUGAAAUUGUUUGCGGGGGAGACUUUCUCAUUGAUUCUGUCGGCCAUCUUGAAUCUCCCAACUACCCCGAAGAGUACCAGCCUAACAAGGAGUGCGUUUGGAGACUGGCGGUACCUGAAAAUUACCAAGUGGCCCUCCAGUUUCAAUCUUUCGACCUGGAGAACCACGACGGCUGCAUCUACGACUACGUAGAGAUUAGAGAUGGCCAGAAAUUCGACAGUCCUGUGAUAGCAAUCCAGUGCGGCCACAAGCUGCCUGCUGACGUAAUUUCUUCGUCCAACAGCAUGCUCAUCAAGUUCGCCUCAGACGGUUGGGUGCAGAAAGGCGGGUUUUCCGCUACCGUUAUGAAGGAGUUCGAUGAGUGUUCUAAGAUCGACCAUGGUUGCGAGCAACAAUGCGUUAAUACCCUGGGAAGCUACGUCUGCACAUGCCUGAUUGGAUACGAGUUACAUUCCGACGGCAAAAGUUGUGAAGCUGCUUGUGGAGGCGUCCUCGAUACCCCCAACGGCACCAUCACCUCCCCCUCCUUCCCCGACUGCUACCCCAAGAGCAAGCACUGCGUGUGGCAGAUCGUCGCGCAGCCGCAGCACAGAAUUACCGUCAACUUCACGCACUUCGACCUCGAGGGCAACAUCAAUGGCGGCCAGCGCGACCGGUGCGAGUACGACCGCGUGGAGGUCCAUAGUUUCCACAGCCAGCUCAAAAAGGGCAAAUUGAGGACGCACGGGUCGUACUGUGGGCCCAGGUCCCCGGGACUGAUAACGUCCGAGGGCAACGUGCUCAGGAUCGAGUUCUAUUCGGACGUGACUGUGCAGAAGACUGGGUUCGCAGCAGUGUUUUUCACCGACAUGGACGAAUGCGCUGCUGGCAAUGGUGGCUGUCAGCACGAGUGUCUCAACACCCUCGGCUCUUACACCUGCAACUGCUACAACGGCUACACUUUGCACGCGAAUGGCCGAGACUGCAAAGAGGGGGGGUGUAAGCACGACAUCGCUACCCACUCGGGCAACCUCACCACCCCGAACUACCCCGAUAACUACCCUCCCAAGAAGGAGUGCGUGUGGCACUUGACCACCACUCCCGGGCACAGGGUCAGCAUCGAGUUUCACUUUUUCGAGCUCGAGCCACACCAAGAGUGCUCCUACGACCACGUGGAUUUUUAUGAUGGCCCGUCGAUGGAGUACCCUUCCUUGGGGGUGUACUGCGGGUCCAAACUGCCACCCUUGAUCGUAGGUUCGCGAAACGAGCUGUUCAUAUCAUUCAAAUCGGACAGCUCCACGCAGAAAAGAGGCUUCCUGGCAGCCCACUCUACGGUCUGCGGCGGAACGAUGCUUGCCACUUUGGAGAAGCAGCCCAUCUAUUCGCACGCCAAAUUCGGCAGUUCGAGCUACGACAACAGGGCCGACUGCGAUUGGACUGUCGAGGCGGGCGAGGGGUAUGACGUCAAGCUGUCAUUUCUGACGUUCGACGUCGAGGGCGAGAAGGACUGCGGCUACGAUUUCGUCGAGGUGUUUAGCGGCUUGGAUUCCAGUGGACCUUCUCUCGGGAAAUAUUGUGGAUCGAAGGAACCAUUCGACAUUGUUUCAUCUCAAGGAGAGGUACUCAUCAGAUUCAGUACAGACGACACUGUAGUCAGCAAAGGAUUCAGUCUGCUAUAUGAAGCGGUUGAAAAUUCAUUCAGUGAAGAAAGAUACGAUUAGGACUCAUCAAGAUGAUUCACACACUGAAAAAUACUUCAUCAAAUUGUGAUUAUGAGGGGUUCUUCCAAAUAGAGACUCAUUCGUGGUUUUUCUUCUAGUUUUAUCGAGAAUGAAUAUUCUUAUUUCUAGAUCAUUAAUAUUGAAAUUUAAUAAUUGCUGAAGAGUGUUGCCAAGUAGCUCUUGCUGGAGAACCCUUCAAUACUUUAUCAAGGAAGCAUUUGAAUUUGCUUAUGGUACCUACUGGAAUAGAAGUGGCUUCGGAAGUGGAAAAUUCUUAAGCUGUUAUGAUGGUCUGCUGAGAAAUUAAUGAUUAGGAUAGCUCAAAGAAAGCAGUCGCAGUGUUGGCUUAUACAUGUAUUAUUUUAUUUAUUCACACAAGAAAGGCCAUAAUAUAUGGGUUGGUAGGAUAUUGAGAAUGGAGUUUCGAAGUAGUUACAUGAUUUUAAUCUUAUUCGAAUUUUACUGAUAGAGAAAAUCUUAAAAAUGUUAUCAUUAUUCUCUCAAAAAUAAAUAUAUAACACUUUCAUCAACUCAGAAACCAAUGAAUUUUGACUCUUCAAUGAUGUUGACUGAAAGGUAUUCAUUGGAUUUUGUGAAGAAAAUACAUUUUUUUCUGGGUUUCCCAAUCAUUGUAUUCUACAAGGCGGUAAUAAAGAUGGUGUUUUCGUUCGAAAGAAAUAAAAUGAAAAUCUCACAAUCACUAUAUCAUAGACUAAGUAGUCAUGUGAGAUAGAAUGGGAGUAAAUUAUAGAUAUUAUGACAUUUAAAAUUG